UUUGCCAUAGCUUUUAGACGCCUCGUGUUAAUGGAUCUUUUAGAGAACGACAAGAUUAAAGAACAGCCAAGUUAUAACAAGUCUGAUGAGACUCGGUGUGACGUGGUCCAGCGGGCAGGAAGCGACCAAGCUGUGACAGGCGACCUCCGAGUACUGCGCCACUUGACCGCCAUCGAGAAGACCUGUCGGCCGGCUAGUUAUUGCGACAGAAUUAAGUCAGACAUACAGCCACACAUGCGGAGAAUACUGGUAGUGUGGAUGUUCGAGGUGUGUGAGGAACAGAAAUGUGAGGAGGAGGUGUUCCCGUUGGCAGUAUGCUACCUGGACUGCUACCUGAGCCGCUUUGCUAUCGUAAAGUCUGAUCUGCAGCUUUUGGGGGCUGUUUGCAUGUUCCUGGCAUCUAAAAUGAGAGAGAGUAUCCCACUGACUGCUAACAAGCUCUGCAUCUACACAGACAACUCCAUAUCAGUCUCUGACAUCCUGCACUGGGAGCUGGCAGUGGUGUCCAGGUUGGAUUGGUGUCUGGCCUCUGUGGUGCCCUCUGAUUUUUUGGAACCAAUCCUUCAGGCUCUCCCUUUUGUUCAGCCCCACCACCUUCCAAACAUUCGUAGGCAUGUUCACUCCUACAUCGCCCUGGCAGCCACUGACUGCAGGUUCUUAGAGUUCAUGCCCUCCAGUAUUGCGUGUGCCUCUGUGAGCAUUGCCAUGCAGAGGCUAAAGCUUGUGAACACUCGCCUCACCCCUGAUUCAGUUAUGAAGUUUUUGGCUUACCUUCUGACUAUUGAUCUGAGUCCUGUCAUCCUCUGCCAUGGCCAGCUUUUGGGUGUGUUGGAGCUCAGCCUGCCCUCUUAUUUCCAGGAUAGUGUUUGCAGAUCAGGAGUGCACAACCCAGUAAUCAGCUACACCCCUGCUGACAUUGAGGAUGUUAUACUGACACCAGUGACAUCAAGCUAAAACACCUCUCCCAGCCAUGAAUUGGGCUGUAAGCUUAUAUCCAUAAACUAUGACUUGUGUCUAAAUGUCGCAUUAAUUAUAUCUGGAGAAGUUUUUAAUGUGAAUUAUUUUGGAGUUCAUGUUGUUGAGGAACUACUACAGUUAGAUAUUUUUUUCCUUAAAUGCCAAUCCUCUUGCUCUGUUUGCACAUAUUUGUAAUUUUAAGAAAGUUUGUAAGACAGAAUUUUGAUGUUUUUUAAGCCCCAAAGAAACUGUUUGAUUUUGUUUCUUCACUG